AUGGCGUCUGUAAUCCAGUCCCACGAGAAUGACUGGGAGCGUCUCAAUGCCAAAUCAUGGGAACUCCCUAACUAUGGCCCCGGUCCAGAUUUUGGCCGGGGGACCAUUUACCGCCAGGAAUAUGACGACUACGCGGUCAAAAAAGCUGCUGAUUAUGAUUUCGAGGACAAUUUCGAGGAUGUGAACUAUGAUUCCCCUGCUGUUGACUAUCCACCGCACCCUCCAACUUUGAAGGUGCCCGCAACUGGUCGGUCUCUCUCAAGUGUACCUCCUUUACCCACACAAUCACCGAUUCCAAGUCAAAGCACCUUUCCAAUACAGGCAGUUAUUACUGAACCUAGAGCAGGUCGAGCUCAGGCACCUGAGGGGCCAAUAUUCAAUGAGCGCGGGCCUAACACCAGCAGUUCCAGCACGUUUGCCCGACACCCGCACCAUUCGGUACAUAAUCUCAAAUCGGGCCAACGUACCCAUGUCCGGGGAGGACAUACUGACCCAUCACGACCACGGUUUCAGUCAAAAAAAGGCAGUACUGUUUCAACUCCUUCGCAACACAGACCUAAGAAUCCACCUAUCGCACCAGGGCACAAUGACUCUCAUUCCAAGGCAAAGUGGCGAAAGGGCUUUUCUCCAGAUGCUUCUUAUCGUUUGCCUUAUGAGUGUCAAGUAUUCCAAGCAAAGCAAGUAACUUCAGGAGAAGCUUCCAACAUCGACUUCCGCCAGAAAAUAAUCGAGGAUACUGGUGCCUAUGUGAGGAUGAGCGUUGGAAAUGCGAGACUCGUUCACAUCUGGGGCCAGCAAAAACAGGUUGUGGCAGCUCAAAAUAUGCUUCAGGAUAUGUUGAAUCGUUUAAUGCAGCAGCGAACUUUGCCUAGAGCAUCGCGUUGGGCCAAGAUACACGCGCAUUCGAAUACGAAGGUUGCCCAUGCCCGGUCACAGGAAAACCACGAGGAAAGAUUGUCCGAGAUGCGAAAGCUACCGAAAAUUGCCACAGAUUACACACUUGCCUUUCUUUGGCCGUCGGAUGGUCCCUCACUUCACUACUUUAUUACCGCCAGACGCGAGAUUCUCGAUUUCAUUCGCUUGAAAUAUGACGCGAACAUCUACAUCAAGCCUGGUAUCCCGGACUACCUUUUCAUGUCUGGAAAUGAUGAGCGGGAUAUGUGCAUCAUUGCAGCUCGAUUCCGGGAGUUGUGGGAGAGGCUAAUGGUCCAGUACGAGACGGAGAUCAAGCUGUUCCUUGUUGCGGCGCCACGGACAGAGCUUAUGAGAACUCACGUCAUCCUACAAAAGUCUAGUCAGCUCUCGAGACCUGUUCUCUGUGGGCCGGAACUGGCUCCAGAUGUAGCGGCAACCUGGAAAACCACUGCGGAUGAGAUCAAGGCCAACAACAAGAGCAUUGUCACCACUCGUCUUAGGAAAGCACUGCAUGUGAUUCCUCAAUUUCGAGGAUUUCUGCAAAUGCGAGCAAAGUUCGGUUCGUUCGCGCUACAACAGUGGCGCAAACCGAAAGAUGGCAUUUCUUAUGAGUUCUCAGAGUUUCGCGAGAUGCUUACCCAUUUGAACACCGAAGGGCGUUUGGUUCCGGGCAUCCGAUUGCAGCAAGAGGAGAUCUUCGACCGAAUCAUGAAAUCAACAUUUCUUAAGCCCUGGGGUAAAGUCCAAACCAAAUCCCUCUUGGACCUGAUGCCUAGAUACUCCGCCAACUUUGAGUACCAAGUGAACAAUGAUUCGGUGAUUCGUGUGGAAGCGAAAUUCUCGCUUCCUCUUGGCUCGCAAGAGUUUGAAGUCAACGGAAUCCGUCUAUUCAAAUCAAAACAGAUCGGCGCUCCUGUUGAUCGUCAGAUGCCAAUGCAGAUCAGCAUGAUUGACUUUGAAAGAUCGGACUGGCAACUUGAGGUGAAGGCUCUUGAACUCUGCCCUGAAAGGGAGAUGUCCCCCGACCUAGAUAAAUUCAUGCGUUCUAUUCGUUUCCAAUGGAACCCAAAUGCAAAGAGCAUUGGAUGUGCCCCCCAGCGCAAGGCAAGGUUCUCCUAUGGUUCGCCAGUCAAGCGAUUCGUCGAAAAGGCCUCAAUCCAGCUCCAAGUCAAAAAUUCGCCGCAUGUAUUCGAGCUCGCCCGCUUUGACGAGUACACGUACUCGGCUGGUCACUGGUCGAUGACGCCCAAAGUUUCCUGGGGUGCAUCGCUGUUCAAUCCUAGUUGGGAUGAUAUACUAGGUGAACAGGCUGAUGUCGGGGCCCUAGAGAUAUCUGAUCGGUGUCUAUCGGUGUUCUUUCCUCCGCCUGAAGGUGACCAGGAACAGACGGACAAGCAGAAAACAGAUGAUGAGAUUUGCGAGGAGGCUGAAAUCCGAAAGACAGACGAAGAGGAGCAGCUUGGCGCUUUCAUGGGUGUUGUCCAGAAGAUUGCGCGGAUGCUGGCGAAUCCAGGCGCUGAGAUGCCUGAGGUCCUCGAGACUGAUCUUGGAAGUCUGUUCUAG